AUGGAGCCUGCCGAAGAGGGAGAGAUUUUCGUGCGUCGACACUUCACAGCAACAAAAAUGGAGUAUGAAAAGAUAAGAGUCGUGGGGGAAGGCACCUUUGGCCAGGUCAUCCUUGCAAGGAAGGGAAGGGCUAGAUAUGCAUUAAAGAAGGUGAACAAGGAGAGGGAAGGACUGUCUGUAACAACGAUCAGAGAAAUCCAGGCCUUGCGGAAAAUAAGCCAUCCAAACAUAAUAAAACUGAUAGAGGUGGUUGUAGAGACGGAUGGAGAUGUUUACAUGGUGUUUCCAUACUUCCCAUAUGAUCUAAAUAAGUUUAUAAGAAGUAAUAGGAUAACAUCUGAUGAAGUCAAGCAUAUAUUUUACCAAAUCGUUAAAGGCGUGCACUACAUCCAUAGUAAGGGAAUCAUGCACAGGGAUCUGAAGAGUGCAAACAUCCUUUUGGACCACAAUCUGAAUGCUAGUAUUGCAGACUUCGGAAUGGCAAGGCAGGCGACAAAGACAGCCAUGUAUACUCCGGGUGUGGUCACCCUAUGGUACAGACCUCCAGAAAUACUGCUUGGAUCCUCGAACUAUACCUUCUCUGCAGAUGUCUGGUCACUUGGAUGCAUAUUGACAGAAAUGUAUCUGGGACACAUGAUAUUCCAGGGAAGUACAGAGAUCCUGCAGCUGGAAAUGAUCAUCCAUGCCUGUGGGUCCAUCAACGAAAACACCUAUCCCGGUGUCUUGAACCUUCCUGGGUUCCGUAGCUUCAAGCUCCCCCAGUCUCCUCGAAGAAUAGAAGGAAUCAUUGCAAAGCAUGACGAGUCUGCAGUAAAGCUGGUGAGCAGGAUGCUCUGCAUUGACCCCGAAAAAAGAAUAACUGUCGGCCAGAUUAUAGAAGAUAAAUAUUUCGAUCAUAAAGUUUUCAAGGCCGAAGGGACAAGGCACCAAGGCGGCUGCCAUGGAAGAAAUAAGCCUAGUCCUUGUAAAAGAAAGAAUGUUGAUUAA